ACGAACGAGAACGGACGUGAAAAGUGGAAAACUCUCCUCUUCGAGUGAAGGGGAUCAUUGUGUGUAGUCUGGACUGGACUGGGACUCAUUAUACCAGGAGGAAAACUAAGCUGUUUAUUCCACUGGGGGGGCAGCGGUGGAUGCUGCCAAAUGCUGUGGGGUGGCGGAGGUUUUUCUAGUUCUCGUGCAUUAAUUGGCUUGGAUAUCAUACCUAUUGUCUGGGAAUAGCAGUGAUCAGAGGGAAAUUGGUUUGCGUCUAAGUUGGAAGGGCGCGAUUUUUGCCAAUUCGGUAAACUUUCUUCCGCUGUCAGCCUGUGUUGUGUAAUUGGUGGAGCGAUGGAGCCGCAUGGUGGGUUUCGAGUUGGAUGAGCGAAGGAAGAGCAGAUCUUGUAGAUAAAUUAUUGUACGAGGAGGAAUACGGUAGUGGUGGUGGUGGCGGUUGCCAGGAAGUGGCGUGUGGCGUGCAGAACGAAGAAGAACGUGAGUGGUUUUAACUUCGCUCUUUCACUAAGUAUUUCCACUGUUGGCCGGGAGCUAAAUGUACAUGAAUUAAAGUGCUUAGUGCUGGUGGCGGAAAAAUUCUGCGAAGAUUACUCACUUGUGCAAAAAGAGGGUACACACGCUGGAAGAGCUUUUCAGAAGCAAAUUAGUGAUGAGCCAACAUCAUAAAACGUGAAACGUGAAAUUAUACGCUCAUUUAUUACAUCGCAUCAGUGUUUUCCUCGCAGUUCAAGAAACAAAUAAUCUAAUAGACCGCGCGCUGGACGGACGUGAGGAAGACCGAGAAAACCCGGACGGUUAGUGUGACCGAGAUAAACGAGGGCCGGUCCAAAGCUAGAGGUGCUGCUGCUGCUACUGUUCUUCGCUCACAUGAAAAACAUCCGAUAAGACCAGACGCGGAAAACGUCAAACCAUCGUGGUCGGCAGCAGUGAGUGCGGGGGAGUGAAGUGCCAGUGGCAAACGGUGGAGGUGAUUAAGCUGUAUAAGUAGUGGCGGUGUAAUCUGCGUGUAGGAAAACCGUGCGCAGGGUGUGAAAACAGUUGUUCGUUCCGGUCCGGUAGCGCUAGCAGUAACGACAACAACAACAACAACACCGACGACGAUAACAACAAAAUUCGGUAAUUGGUGAUGGGUGGAAAAUUUUCCGUUGAUAACGAUACGGUUUCAUUAGGAUUAUCCCGUAUUCCACUGAGAUAUUUAUGCAAAACGCCGCAAAGGUCCACAGCGGAAGUAGUGUCGCUAGGAGUCACACGGUGGAGACGCUUGGUCGAUCACCCGAACCGCUCACUACCGGAAGCCACCGCUGCUGCUGGGCCAUAGUGACACGUGCUUGAGAUCACGAGAGCUAACCCAAAAAGGGAGCCCACUGGAGGCGUUACGGCGUCAGUCACGGUCCAUAGGGGCGGCUCGCCGUGGGCGGAAAGUCAAGUUCUCCGAAUGGGACGAUCACUAUGACAAUGAAGCUCCGGAUGAAGAAUUAAUUGAAUGAUAAACUGUACACAUUUCCACUCUCAAGUUAACACUUAAAUAAACCAUCUUCCCCUCGAUUAAAACAUCACACAGUAUACGAAUUAAAAACACCCCACCAAACCAUCGAAGACCAAAACAUUAACCCAAUGUAAAUAGUCGAGAACAAUGUGCUAAACCUGAUCCAACUUAGACAAGCUUAAUAGGUAGUGUUCAGAAAAAAAGAGUGUGGUGGUGGUAAAAACUCACAUCCUGCUAACACAGCCCCUCCCCCAAACAAACACAAGUUGCAGUUCAGCUAUCACACACCGCCAGAGUUUGUGAGUUUAGUCGAGUGAUUGAAUUCCCCAAACAAAACAGACGGUGUUAUGAGAGGGUGUACCUCACUGCAGCAUCCGCUGGUGGUUCGUCGGUUCGAUGUUGAUUGCAAGCAGAUGAAUGCUAAGCCUAAACCAUAAAUGAAAGUGGUGAAGAAAAUGUGGGGCAAAACAACUCGAUGGAAAACACAACAUUAAAAAGUAAACUGUUCGUAAAACAUGACAAGUCGGGCGCCAGCCGAACGUCGACCCCGGAGAGUAUGACCCUGCGGACGCGUGGCGGCGAUGAUUCUUCGGCGGUUCCAGUGGCCGGCAGUGGUGGAGGCGGCGGCUGUGGGGACAAGAGGGACACCAAGAUAGACAUCCCGUUGCCGGCAUACAUGCAGCCAUCGUCGGAGAAGUUUGCAGAUAAACGAGUUAAGAGGCACAGCAUCCACGGCAUGAUGGAGGAGGAAAACGUGGUCCGACCCCAUCAAGAGAUAGCGGCCCUCUCCCUGGACGAGAAGAAGUAUCUUCUUGCGGUAGAACGAGGCGAUGUCGCCAGUACGCGAAGGAUACUGGAGAAGGUCGAGGCCGAGGGACACAUUAACAUCAACUGUGUCGACCCCUUGGGAAGGUCCGCCCUGCUGAUGGCCAUCGACAACGAGAAUCUGGAGAUGGUCGAGCUGCUCAUCAAUCACCGGGUGGACACUAAGGACGCACUUCUGCACGCCAUCUCGGAGGAAUUUGUCGAAGCGGUUGAAGUGCUGCUGGACCACGAGGAUAGCAGUCACAAAAAUGGGGAUCCACACAGUUGGGAAGCGCUCCCACCCGACACGGCCACUUUCACACCGGACAUCACACCUCUGAUUUUAGCUGCACAUCGUGACAACUAUGAGAUUAUCAAAAUUCUGCUCGACCGGGGAGCCACGCUUCCGAUGCCGCAUGAUGUCAGGUGUGGUUGUGACGAUUGUGUCACAUCCAGACAGGAGGAUUCCCUGCGGCACUCUCGAUCUCGGAUAAAUGCAUAUCGCGCUCUCGCUAGCCCCUCGUUGGUUGCCUUGUCCUCCAAGGAUCCAAUACUGACGGCAUUCGAGCUGAGUUGGGAACUGCGACGGCUGAGUUUUCUCGAACAUGAGUUCAAGAACGAAUAUCAAGAGCUGCGACGUCAGUGCCAGGAUUUUGCAACGGCUCUACUAGAUCACACUAGAUCUUCGCACGAACUGGAGGUACUUUUAAAUCAUGAUCCCACUGGACCGGCUUUCGAACAUGGCGAUCGAAUGCAUCUGAAUCGGUUGAAGCUGGCGGUGAAACUAAGACAGAAGAAGUUCGUGUCCCACCCCAAUGUGCAGCAGCUGCUGGCCAGUAUCUGGUACGAGGGGCUUCCGGGCUUCCGGCGGAAAAAUAUGGCAUUGCAGGCGCUGGAAAUAGUGCGAAUAGGUAUGCUUUUUCCGCUGUUUUCAUUUUCCUACAUUAUCGCACCCCAUUCAACGUUCGGCCAGACAAUGAGGAAACCCUUUAUCAAGUUCAUUUGCCACAGCGCAUCGUAUUUUACAUUUUUAUUUCUACUGAUGUUGGCUUCGCAGCGCAUAGAGACUGUAAUUGGGGGCGUUUGGGGGGCCGACCUGAGUAACCACGAUGAAGUGCCUACAAAAAGAGGAGCCAGUCCCACGCUGGUCGAGUGGCUGAUUUUGUCCUGGGUUAGCGGACUGAUCUGGAGCGAAGUGAAGCAGCUUUGGGACGUCGGUCUGCAGGAAUACGUGAACGAUAUGUGGAAUGUGAUAGAUUUCGUGACGAACUCGCUAUACGUUGCGACGGUGGCGCUGAGAGUGGUGUCCUACUUUGAGGUCCAAAGAGAGAUGGCCACGAACAAGUUUGCAGCAGAUUUGCCUCGCGAAAAGUGGGACACCUGGGAUCCGAUGCUGAUCUCCGAGGGGCUGUUCAGUGCGGCCAAUAUUUUUAGCUCUCUGAAGCUGGUGUACAUUUUUUCAGUGAAUCCUCAUCUGGGACCUCUGCAAGUGUCCCUCUCCCGGAUGGUGAUGGACAUCAUGAAGUUCUUCUUCCUGUACGUGUUGGUGCUGUUCGCGUUCAGCAGCGGCUUGAACCAAUUGCUCUGGUACUACGCGGAUCUGGAGAAGAAGCGAUGCCCUGAUGUAACGAUAUUUUCCGGAGGGUCCAAUAUUACGUCCACCGAUCCAAACGCUUGUGUGGUGUGGAGACGAUUCGCAAAUUUAUUCGAAACGAUACAAACACUAUUUUGGGCUGUAUUCGGAUUGGUGGAUCUGGAAAAUUUCGAGCUGGAUGGCAUCAAGAUUUUCACUCGCUUCUGGGGAAUGUUGAUGUUUGGGACGUAUUCAGUGAUCAAUAUCGUUGUGCUUCUGAACCUGUUGAUCGCCAUGAUGAAUCAUUCAUAUCAACUUAUAUCGGAACGAGCUGACGUGGAAUGGAAAUUCGCUCGAUCAAAGUUGUGGAUAAGCUACUUUGAAGAGGGUGGCACAUGUCCGCCUCCGUUCAACAUCAUUCCUACGCCCAAGUCCAUCGUGUACGUCUUCCAGUGGGUCAAACGAAAAUUCUGUGGUCACUCCAAGGCUGUCAAGAAAGAGCACAUGAAAACGAUUCGACGGAAGGUAAAACAAGCUAGCGAGCGGGAUUUCCGGUAUCAGAGCAUCAUGCGGAAUCUGGUCCGACGAUAUGUCACCGUCGAGCAGCGUAAAGCUGAAUCCCAGGGUGUCACCGAGGAUGAUGUCAACGAGAUCAAGCAAGAUAUCUCCGCCUUUCGCUGCGAACUAGUGGAAAUAUUGAAGAACAGCGGUAUGAAUACUACGAGCGCCACUGGCCAGGGCGGAGGAGUGGGUGGUAAGAAGAAUCGCCAGAAAGAACGCCGAUUGAUGAAGGGAUUCAACAUCGCUCCACCACCGGCUCCAGAUGCUUCCCAACAUCUUACGCCCGUUUCCGAGUAUACCUCGCAGCUUCAAGAUCAGUCUUCAUCGCAUGAAAUGUUCGCCGGAGUGUUUGGACCAGGCCUAACCCCCAAGAAAGCUUUGCAUCAUGUGAAUCCAAUGCAUCAGUACUCAUCACAGUCCCAGAGCUCGUUUGGUGAAAACAACAAUCCCAUCCAGAAGCUCGCCAAGUUGGCCCCGAAGUUUCAUUCCAAGCGAAACGGCUCGCAGAAAAAACGAUGGGGUAGUACCCUCAUCGAAGCGGCAAAGCAUGGGAGCGUGUCCCGAUUUAUUGGACGAUCCAGAUCAGAGGAUUCUGUGUGCAAUCACAAUCAGCGAGGUGAGUCCGCCAGCCAUAGCAACAGUCCCGCGUCGGAUGAAGCCAUCACCGAAUCUCCAUCGGAUUCGAACCCGAGCUUAGAUCGACCGGAUAUUGAUCCCUCGCCGGAACCUGGUAAGCAUCAUCAGCAUCACCAUCAUCAGCAGCAACACCAACAGCAGAGGCCGCAAGAUGACCAUCGCGGUAGAAGUGACCGGGGCCAUAGUUCCAAAACGAAAGAGCCCUCCCAUCAUCACUAUCAUCUGCACUUUGGAGCUUUGGCUGCUCUCAAGCGGAAGAGGAAAAAAUUCUCAACCAGUAGGAAUACGAGUCCGGUGCUGGAACCUCCCUGCGAAGUGCCCCCAGUAAUAAACUCGAAGAGUAACAUCAGUAGUAAGGUGCUAAAACGUGCUUCCAGUGUGCCCACGCGAGUGACCUGUGACGAAGGUGUUGUCGGUUGCGCUGGUGCAGUCAACGGAGGAGACUCAAUCGACGAGGGCGUGGUUCCGUUGAAAACUCCCCGCCAUGAGCAAACUCAAAGCCAGCACAACUCGCUGGAAAACCAACUGGAUCCUCCGCUGACUCCGUCGACGACGGAGGAAAGUGUAGAUAACCAAGCCCACACGCGAAUCAGUUCCACGGAGCCGCUGCUUAGGAUACAGGGUCGGGCGGUGACUGUUGGUGAGCUUACGACCUCCGACGGACGAACCAGUGGACACAGUAACGACCAUGCACGAUCCACCUGUCGGAUUCCGGGAGUCACCCCCGUUCGCGGACACUUCCAGUCCCAGGGCUGGUUAUAGGGACUGUUCAACAGAGGUCCCGUGUACAUACAAUUAGUUGGCUAUUGAUAUUCGAACAGCUCGGCAGCAUGAGCAAAAAUCUAGUCUUUUAGUAGGAACACAAAAAAAACGGAAAUCGUUCUUAACUGCCAGCUUGAAAACAGGAAAACUAUGAAACCCAUGUAGAAGAGUCACUUAAUCGGAUGUAAACUAUUUAAAAGCAAAAAUUCUAAACCAAUUGGAAGAGAGGUUAUGAUUUCGGUGAUCACCCAUCGUCUCUCCUUUCGUUCUAUUCACUUUCCCAAACCGCAUGAAGGCCUAAUAGCGCUUCUUUGGAAAGAAGAGUUAGUCGUGGGACGACUAGUUAAAUGUAAUUAUUUAGUGUAGAAAUUGUAUAAGCAGAUAUGAGAACUUCUCAAACACUAGCAAAGAAAAAUGGGAAUUGUGCGCAAAACACUUAGGUGAGAGUGAGUCGAGAGUUUUCCGCCGACAUCUUCCAGAAUUUAUAAGCAAAAUAAAAAGGAGGAACUCAAGCGAAAAUCUCACUCCUCCACCGACACAAGUAGGAUAUAGAACCAAAUUGAACCAAACGUAAUUAUUGAAAGUAUGGAAUUAUUGGUAAAUAUAAAUAUGUUAUCCGCAUAGCAGAGAAAAAAAAGAAUUUCAUAAACAACAAACACGGAAGGGACCACGUCUCUAAAACAAAAAAACAAAUCAAUUGGCAAAUGUCAAAUUGGCGUAGGAACGAUAUCAAACAAAAAGGAGCGAAAACAGAAAAUUCAAUCUGUUAGAUUUUAUCAACACACACAAACAAAAACAAACAAACAGAUGAGCCAAUAACUGAGUAACGAGACGAACACACCAUAUAACAGUUUUAUUUGUUAUCACAGAACAUUGAAAGAGUUUAAUCGAAUUUUAAACACUAAUAGCAAAGAUAUUCGCAAUCGCAAUCAUAACACAUACACACACAAGCAACAUUUACUACCACACCAAACAUUCACACAAACACAUGAAGGAAUUUUCCUGAAAAAAAAAACGAUGAAAAGAAAACUAAGGAGGCCUUAUUAUAGAAGAAGUAAUACAUGUUAUAACAGAGAAAAAAAAGUGUUUAUAUUCGCAGUAGGGUACACCGGUGCGGCUACUGUCAGUGUCAGGAUGGAAUGGUGGUUAGAAUAACAACAACACUAGUAGUGGUGUAGUAUAAUCGAAACAUAGUUCUUAAAACAAUGCCCAUAUACCCGUAGCGACAAACUGUUGGAACGUAGAUUUCAAACCAUUUCUUCAACUACUUACUCAGUCUUAUGUUUUCUUGUUUUGUUUCAGUUGUGUAUUUCAAACAAAAGCGGGGGAAUUACCUGAGGUCUCGCUAUAAAAUCAAUUGGUGGCUAGUUAAGAAUAUAGUUGAACAUGAACACACACGUACAGUUGAGAUACUACUACUGAGGAGAUGAUAAGUUGGUUGGGGUAGACCAAAAAUGUAGUUAAAUAUUCAAAUAGUCACUUAUAAUUCCCCCUCUUGGUGGUGCGCAACCUAAAAGGUGAGGGAGCAUCACUAAGAGGGGCUGGCUAGAGAUUUCCAAUUAAUUAUUCGAUGGAACAAAAGGGAGAAUAUAGUAACCAUAUUCAGUAGUUUACGUCGUAAAUUCCAGUCAUUGGUUACAUACAGGUUACUUAUUAAGCAAGAUAAAACCAAACCACUGUGUAAUUAGGAAGAAUCGUUUGUAAGAAAUUGAAAUAUAUGAAAAAAUGGGA